AUGAUUAGUAUCAAUAGUUAAUAAUAUCCGAGCAAGAUUUAAGUCAAAACAAGACCUUAAAGUUAAAUGUAUAAGAAUCCUUCUUAAUUACAUUAACAACAACAUUUAAAUUGUUUUUAGUAAUACAAGAUUGCAUAAUAACCACCGAUAGCAAGUGUACAAUAUGUGAUGAAUCCUUCUAGUAAUUAAUUGCUAUUUAAAAAUAAUGGUCCUAUUUAGCAAGUAUAAUUAAGACAAUACAAAGUUUACUAACCUGAUUAAUAUGUUAAAUAAAGUGGUAAUGCAAUUUAAAAGAUCACUUAUAAUGAUGAUGAUAUGAUUCAACCUAAAAAAUAUACUCCUAAUAAAUAUAAUUUAAAUGAAUAACUUUCAUUCGAAGUUAAAGCCUUAUACAAGAAGGGAAAAUUACCAUAAACUAGACCAUAAUACUUACCUGGAAUUGUAAGUCUAAAAGCAUAGGAUUAAAAUAUCUUUUAAAAAUAAGAAAGUCAACGAGUCGGAGUAGAUUUAAUAUGCUUAAUUGACAUUAGUGGAAGUAUGAUAGGAGUUAAAAUUGAAAUGGUUAAGGCAUCCUUAAUUGUUCUUCUCUAAUUUCUUGGAGAUAAUGAUAGACUAUAAUUAAUAACUUUCGAUAAUGAUGCACAUAGAUUAACUCCUUUAAAAACUGUAACCAACCAAAAUAAAAGUUAUUUUACUUAAAUCAUCAAAUAAAUUUAAGCAGAUGGAGGUAAUCGUAUUUCAGAAGCUACUAAAAUGACAUUUUACUAAUUAAAAGGUAGAAAAUAUAUAAAUAAUGUGACAUCGGUUUUCUUACUUUCUGAUGGUGUUGAUGUUACUUAUCCAGAGGUAAAGAAGCAAAUAAAGACAGUGAAUGAAGUGUUUACUUUGCAUACAUUUGGUUUUGGAGAGGAUCAUGAUGCUUAGAUGAUGACUUAGUUAUGUAAUUUAAAGAGUGGAAGUUUUUAUUUUGUAUAGGAUGUAACAUUAUUGGAUGAAUUCUUUGCAGAUGCUUUGGGAGGACUAAUCUCUGUCGUAGGUGAAUAAUUAGAAAUAACACUUUCAUCUUCAGCACCUCCUCCUUAUUAAGAUAUUCAAAUAUCUAAAACUUAUGGAAAUAUGUGGUAAAAGAAAGGAAAUCAAUAUUAUAUUACUCAACCUUAAAUUGCAUCUGGAUCAAGAAAAGAUUACGUUUUUGAAUUGGCUCUUCCAAAAUUUGAAGGGAAAAUCGAAGAUAAUCAUAGAAAUGUGAAAGUUAUAGAGGCAGUAUUAAAAAUAAAAGAUCCAAUUAAUGGAGCAAUUAUAACUAAAUAAACUAGUCUUACAUUAACAUUCUUUAAUUAAGAUGAAUAAAUUAAUUAAAAUGAAUCAGAUAUUGAUGUUUAUGCAUAAUAUUAUAGAGUAAAAGGAACAGAAGUAAUUGAUGAUGCAAGAAAAGCUUGUGAAUAAAAUAAGAAUGAAGAUGCUUAAAAGUUGAUUGAUAAUAUGUUGAUACAAAUUUAAAAGAAUCAAAAUGUUGCUGCUUAAUGUACUGGAAUUAUUUAAGAUUUAUAAUAAGCAAAAUAAGCAUCUUCAAGAAAUACCUAUAAUUUAUUUGGCCAAAAAUAAAUGUGUCAAAUGGUCAGUAAUAACUAUCAAUAGGGAGGAGUCAACUCUUUAUUCUCUGCCACAGGAGCAUAAUUAUAAUAAGUUCAACCAGCUGCAUACUCUAAUGCUUGCUAAUAAUAAAUGAUGUUUCAAGUAUAAGCAUCCAAACCUAACUACAAACCCUCUUGA